AUGGAAAGAGAACGCCGAACUCAAAAGCGAAGCGCUUCCACGCAGGAGGCCCCUUCGCACUCAAAGGGUCCGGUAUAUCAGACUGAAACUGCUCCCACUGCCCGUGGUGCGUCCUCCAAGCGUCUCUCGAGCAGUAGUCAGUCUGAUCGACCUCAGCAUCCGUCGCUUUCUCGUGUCAAGGGCCGAAGCAAUAUGUAUACUCCGCCCCGCAACGGCGCCGAGCGAUCUUGGCUCAAUGAUCAAUCACCCGCGCGAGGUGAUGUUAGGACACCACCGCAACAUUACAAAACACCAGAAAGUGGUACUCCAACAUUAAUCAACCCGACAUCCAGUUUGCUGCAGGGCCUAUUGAGGGAAGAGCGCGCGCAUCGUGGUUCACGUGGAGGAGUUUCAGACGACGGAGCGGAAAGUCCGAGAACCCCAGACAGGUCGCGGGUACAAGAAGACACAGCGUCAGAGAAGGCACGCAAAGCCAGCCAGAUCUCUGCGGGGUUACAUAUGAAGGAUAUGGGCGUGCGCGAGAUGGAUCAGUACGUUUCGAAAAUAACCAAACUCAAUUUUGACUUGAAAUUGGAGAUCUUUCACCGCACACAGCAGAUGACCGCCAUGGAGAAGAAGCUGGAGCGAAUGCAUGCGAUGGAGGAGGAGCUUGGCCGACUGCGCAUGUUGGAAGAGGAAGUGGUCGAACUGCGUGCGAUUAACAAACGUACUCAAGGCCUUCGAGAAGCCAAUACACAGCUCCGCCUGGACCUUGACACGAAAGACAAAGCUGUAGAGGAGGCGGUUCAAUGGAUUUGCAAGCUGGAGGCCGAGAAUGAGGUACUCAAGAACAACGGACGCACGUCACAAAUUUCAAUGAACAGACUUGUCCUUGACGGACCGAAUGCUACAACACCUAAGCAAUUCAUGAUCGAUAUCCCGGAACGAACUUCAUCCAAGAGAGCACGAGGUGUGUUCAUGUCACCUGAAUUGCGAGAGCUCAGUAAAGCACCCUCUUUUCUACGCGAUGAUAACCAAAGCACCGCCACGCUUCGCAGUCUCUAUGUUCCCGAUACCAACGUGUCUCACUCGGCCUUGAGUCAGCUCACCAAGUCCGAAAGCAUACACACAAUGACUGACACUUUGGAGCCUGGGUCCCCGCGACUUAGUGUCCUCAGCGAGUGUAGCGAGCUGCAUCCAUUCGACACUCCCAAAAAGUGGAACGAUUUUGAUAAGCUUGACAUCCCCGUCCGGAAGACAUCAAGUGAAAGUGUGAACAGCUACGCGGCUCCAACCGAACGAGAGGAGAGCAAAGAGGAUCAAAUCGACCGGUGGAUGCAGACACGUACGGACUCUCAGACUAUAAUUAGGAGACGGCAAACACGGGCAGCUUCCGAUGCUUCGAAGGCAAGCAUUUUAACAUUUACGGGCGAUUUAUACGCAAACAAGCCCCGUAGACGUGGGAAACUUGACGCAUCACUCUUUGGAGGUGCCCAGCUUCCUCCAACUCCAGAUACGAUGAGCACAGCUUAUGCCACAGCUAACAAUGGCUCGAACGGAAGCAUUACAGCUCGAAAGAGUCCCAAGCCUUCAGGCGAGGAAUGGUUUGCUGGUCCACCGCUUGUCCGUCGUCGCUCAGCAGAUGAACUCACCUCUCGACCGAGCUUCAACGGCAGUGAUAUCACAGAUAGCAUGCAGCCGAAUUGCAGUGAUACCCCUCGUGUUUCCGCGACUUAUGUGGACUCGCCCUCUUUCUUCCCUUUCAACACCGUCGCCUCCAAAGCCAGUGCGCUUCUUGGACCUGGUAGCCCCAACAACCCUGUCCUUGAUUCUUUCAACGAUCCUUUCGUUCAAAACAGCAGGGUACAGGCAGCGCCAAUGGUAACUCCAUCACAAAGCCCGUCAAAGACCGUUAUCUCGGAUACGCAGACAGUUGACUCGCUCAGUGAUUCACCGCCGCUGACACCCCAAGACUGGGUCGCGGCCGCAAAGCAAGGCCCGCGGUCCCGCAAAGAGAGAGCUAGUGGCCUUCGCAUCAAGCCCAAACAUGUGAACCCUCAUCACCUAGUGAUCAGCCAGAACGCUUUCCACGACGACGCGAGUGCCGACUCCUACGUACUUGAACCUGAAGCCGCUGAUGUACCGACCCUUGACCUGGAUACCUUGGAUGUACUGGAACAGCCCAUCGCCGAGUUCUCUGCCCCAAGGGUCGAAUCCCCCGAUCUGGCACAACGACGCCGUCUCAGUUUCCGACCUCCCUUCUUCGGUCGUUCCAGCAAUGGUACUCGUCAUCUCCAACACUCUCCAUCAGUCCCAAAUUUCAGAGAUGAGCAUGAUGAUGAUGAAGAUGGUGCGCCAUCCCCUAUCAUUCCGAAAACAAGGAAUGUGGCCACCUCAAAACGUCGUCCCCUGUCCCAAAUAAUCACAAAUUCCAACGACUUCUACUCAUCCAGUCUUCCCGUUACCACUGAAGCCUUCGGUGCUAGCUUCAGUGGUUCUCGAGCCCUGCACCGAUCUCUCAUGGAAACAAAAGAAUCAAUCCAUCCCCCCGGCUCUGCCACCGUGUCAGCGCGCCCAACAACAUCUCACAGCGUAGAGCACAAGCGUCGCAGCUCCCUCGGAAUCUUCGGCUGGAUGAAGGGUGUAAGCGGGAAACGGUCUGAGCCAUCAACCCCCGUUGUCGCUGAGAAAUUUUCCGAAUCCGAAUCCAAGGAACAACCCACCCGUGCUUCUUCGCGCCUCGCUCAAGAUAACGGACUUGUCUCCGAGCGUCCUGAUACUCCGGAUUCCAUGGAGGCUCCUGUUGUGCGCCCACGCUCUGAGAUGACGAUGCGCUCUGAAGAUACCUCUCGACGUCCCAGAUAUGUGGGUCGUCGUGCUCGCAGGGUGAAUUAG